ACCGGGUGGACAAAACUCCCACAAUGCAUUGUAAUUUUGAUCUGAAAUAAACCGAAUUACAUUCGCUGCAGAUCUGGGAGUGAACAACUUGAAAUACAACGCUUAGUUUAUUAAUCUGAUCUAAUCCUUGAAUUGUUGGUCCCGUUCGGCGUUCGUGUGACGAUUUCCAGGGACUGGCUUUUUUUCGUUUAAGAUCACGUUACACUUAACGUGUCCAACUGGCCGGCCAGUGGCUGUCGGAUCAGGACUCGAGGAUGGAUUCAGAAUAUGAACAUCGCCUCCUCCGACAAAUCAACCUUCAAAAUGACAACCUGAGUCCCAUUAAACAGACACUGCGUCAAACACCCACCGGCUCCCCGUUAUCGUCACCCAGUAAGCUUGGAGACAGAUUCAUUCCAACCAGAGCCGGGGCCAACUGGAGUAUUAACUUCCACAGAAUCAAUGAAAAUGAGAAGUCGCCAAGUCAGAACAGAAAAACCAAGGAUGCCUCCUCUGAUAACCUUAAAGCAGACGGGCAGGCCUACUCUGCUCUCCUCAAGAAUGAGCUGCUAGGAGCAGGAAUAGAAAAGAUCCUGGACCCUCAGACGGAGGACAGGCGUCUGCAGCCAUCAACCCCAGAAAAGAGAAGUCUCUUCACCUAUUCGCUUAACACCAAGAGGUCGUCACCAGAAGAUGGCACCAACAUCUCCCCCUACUCUCUAUCACCUGUCAGCAACAAAAGUCAGAAAUUGCUGCGUUCACCGAGAAAGCCAACUCGCAAAAUCUCAAAGAUUCCUUUUAAAGUCCUGGAUGCUCCAGAGCUGCAAGAUGACUUUUACCUCAAUCUGGUGGACUGGUCGUCUCUCAAUGUGCUCAGUGUCGGGCUGGGUACAUGCGUUUACCUGUGGAGCGCCUGUACUAGCCAGGUAACAAGAUUGUGUGAUUUAUCCGUGGAGGGAGACUCAGUCACGUCGGUUGGGUGGUCCGAAAGGGGUAACCUGGUGGCAGUGGGGACUCACAAAGGCUAUGUUCAGAUCUGGGAUGCCGGUGCGGGGAAGAAACUCUUUGCCCUGGAAGGACACACAGCUAGAGUUGGAGCGUUAGCAUGGAAUGCCGACCAGCUGUCUUCGGGUAGCCGUGAUCGUAUGAUUCUUCAGAGAGAUGUGCGGACGCCUCCUCUGCAGUCAGAGAGACGGUUGCAGGGACACAGACAGGAAGUGUGCGGCUUAAAGUGGAGCACUGACCAUCAGCUGCUCGCUUCUGGUGGCAACGACAACAAGCUGCUGGUCUGGAACCACUCCUCGCUGAGUCCACUGCAAACGUACAUGGAUCACCUGGCUGCAGUGAAAGCCAUUGCCUGGUCCCCACACCAGCAUGGCCUGCUGGCCUCCGGGGGCGGUACUGCUGACCGCUGCAUCCGGUUUUGGAACACCCUGACCUCACAGCCGCUGCAGUGUAUGGACACCGGCUCCCAGGUCUGCAACCUGGCUUGGUCCAAACAUGCCAAUGAGCUGGUGAGCACACAUGGCUACUCUCAGAACCAGAUCUUGGUGUGGAAAUAUCCAGCUCUCACUCAGGUUGCCAAACUCACAGGACACUCGUACAGAGUGCUCUACCUGGCAAUGUCCCCGGAUGGUGAGGCCAUUGUGACGGGAGCUGGAGAUGAGACUCUACGCUUCUGGAAUGUUUUCAGUAAAACAAGGUCAACUAAGGAAUCCGUAUCCGUUUUAAAUCUCUUUACUAGGAUACGGUAACUUAAAGCAAAUUAAAACUCUUAAACAAGCACCUUGUGACAUUUUUUCACAGAGGAAAUGUCAGCAAGAGCAACUGAGCACUUUGUCUUCAUGCCAACAACUGUUUGGGCAACUUUUUUUUACUUUUAGGUUCUCAUUAUGAAUGUAGUAAUUUUUAUAAAAAUGUAUAAGUGGGUUGAGCACCUUUUUUUUUUUUGUAUGAACAACAAGAAUUUGUUGGCAUUACUUACUUUAUACAAUAUUGUGUUGUGGAAUCUGAAAUGAGCUGUUGUAGUUCUUGUUAAACUCAGGUCUUAUUUAUUUUACGCAACAGUGAAAGCCAACGCAAUUAGCUACAAUGGGAAAGAAAUGCCAUUACAUAUUAUGGCACACAUACAACAUGAAACCCUUAACAUAAUCACCCACUAUGGCCUUUACAAUAUGUGCACCAUGUUUACUGUGAUCCUUAGAAUACGAUGGUUGAGAUCAGCCGGAUGAUACAAUGCAGUUUUGCUCCUGUGGACAGAGUCCUACACUGCGCAGACAUGUACUAAGUACAUGAAGAAUUAAAAGAUGAUGCAACUGCA